CUCGACAUGUCCUACUCACAAAGCAGCAUUGGGUCAUUGAAUGGACCAAUUCACAAUUUACUGAAUAACUCCCAAUCUCUCUCUUCUACCCCUCGAGCAACGCCUCCGCCCCCCAGAGGCUCUCAGAUGUCCUCUCAUAAUAUGUCCAACGGUGCUUCGCGAAAUAGUUAUGGGGGCUAUGAUGCACAAAAUGAUAACGGGUCGACGAUGUCCUACCAGGAGGAGUAUACUCCACAGAUAUAUCGUGCCGUUUACUCGAAUAUACCUGUCUACGAGGUGGAAGUCAACGGGAUUGCAGUCAUGAAACGCCGUGAAGAUUCAUGGCUGAAUGCGACUCAGAUCUUGAAAGUUGCGGGUGUUGUCAAGGCUCGCCGAACCAAAACCCUGGAGAAGGAAAUCGCUGCCGGGGAACAUGAGAAAGUGCAGGGUGGUUAUGGAAAGUACCAAGGUACUUGGGUGAACUACAAAAGGGGUGUGGAGCUGUGCCGGGAAUACCAUGUGGAAGAACUAUUGCGACCUCUGCUCGAGUAUGAUAUGAGCCCCGAUGGUCCUGGUGGCCCGUCCCAGGGAACACUGGACACACCAACCAAAGAACAAGCAAUGGCAGCACAGCGCAAGCGGUUGUACAGUGGAGCAGAGAACCGCAGCUCAUCACAGCCUCAACAAGGAACCUUUUUUCAAAAUAUAUCUCGCACUGCUGCCACCGCUGUGAACGCCAUCAGCAAAGCUCGAUUCGAUUCUCCAAAUACCAGCAACCGUCGCCCCAGUGUGGUUCGCAAGCCAUCGCAACAGAUGAGCAGCCAGGAGUCUCAGAUGGCGUUUAGCAGCCAGAGCACCUAUGGCAUGCCUGACAGCGGAUUCAAUAGCAUGCAGAACCGCUAUCUGGCUCAAGAUGAUACUGAUGAUAUUGCCGAGCCUCCUCGCAAACGUUUUCGCUCAGCUUCACAUCAGGGUCCGCCAAUUGGAUUGCCCCGAGAGCCAUCUAAUUUAUCUAUGCACGAACCUACCCCCACCGAACCCAAUGACUCCUUCUACCAAGAUCUUGAUCUCCCACCCCCACCAAUGGAUGAUGGCCAAAAACGUGGUGUCGAAGCUCUGGGCCCGGCCACUACACCAGAAAAGUUCCAAAAAAUGAAGCUGCUGAUGACUCUGUUUCUCGAUAAGCGGGCGAAGGAUUUCACCAACCACCCAGCUCUCACACAGUUGUCAGGUGAAGACCUUGAGAUCCCGCUUGAUGAAUACCGAAACACCGCCCUUCAUUGGGCUGCGAUGCUGGCACGCAUACCUUUGGUUCAAGCGCUGGUAGAUAGAGGAGUCAACAUCAGCCGUGUCAAUUAUGUUGGUGAAACUGCCCUACAAAAGUCCGUGGGAACACGAAACAACCUUGACUACCGAAGUUUUCCACGUCUUCUCCAGAUACUUGCCCCAACAAUUGAUAUGGUUGAUUAUACGGGUCGAACCAUUCUACAUCACAUUGCCGUCAUGGCUGCGACAGGUGGUGGGGGGCAUGUCUCCGCAAAACAUUAUCUGGAAUCUCUCUUAGAAUUCAUCGUUCGACACGGAGGGAUAUCUUCGACCACCAAUGGCGAUAGUACACAAAACGGAUCACAGGGGAAUGGUGUCAUCUCGCUGGGUCGAUUCAUCUCAGAGAUUGUCAACCUACGUGAUGACCAGGGAGAUACUGCCUUAAACCUUGCUGGACGUGCACGCUCGGUCCUGGUUCCACAGCUGUUGGAGGUCGGCGCCGAUCCUCAUAUUCCCAAUCACACUGGUCUUAGGCCUGCUGAUUAUGGAGUGGGUGUUGAUAUGGUUGAUGGUCAUGCACAGUCGCAGCAAGCCGGAAGUCGAGGUGAUUCCUUUAUUGAUCAGCUGGCGAAAUCGAAGAAGGAAAUUCUGGAUGCGACCAUGAGUCAAAUCAGCACGAUGGUUGAAGACGCGCUAGGAGGAAUCGAUCGAGAACUAGCCUCAAGCCUAAGACAAAAGCAAGAAAAGUUUGAUCACUGGCAUGGGAAGAUCCGUGAGUCCGCUAAGGCUCGUCAGAUUGAACAGAAGGAAUUAGAUGAAUUGAAGCGGAAAGGGACUGAGCGAGUUGAACUUGAACGACGCAUCAAGAAUCUGAAUCGUUCCUCUGAUAGCUUAAUGGCUAUAUUAAAGGAAACGCAGGACAGUGAUAUUUCUCAAAUUACCCUUGUCGGUGAUGCGGACAAGGACUCGGGUGUGGAUGUCGCAGCGUUUGACGCUUUAUUCACAGAGACAUUUGACCCAUCGUCUGGGUUUUCCGAGCAGCAGCGGGCCUUCUUGGCCGCAUUGCCUGCGCCGGAUAUUCUGAAGCGCCGCCUUGAUCUCUACCAAGAGUUCCUUGCUAGUGUAACAGAUGAAGUUGAUAAUCUCAAGGCCAAGAAUGCGGUUCUGGGCCAGAAUUAUCGGCGCAUGGUGAUGGCAUGCACGAGUUGGACCGCUGAGCAAGUGGAUGACGCAGCGGACGGGUUGACUCAAUGCGUCAAGGAGUUGAACGAUAACCCCGUUCCAGAGGAUGAGGCUAUUGAGAUUUUGAUGCGGGAUCGUGGCCAGGAUUGGUAA